UGCGGCGUCCUUCCCUAAAUCCUCCGCGCUACUGCGUCCGGAUCCGCCUAUUUUCUGCUCCCCUGGACCUUUAGGCUUGUGUUGGCCCCCUAUGAAGACCAGGAAGUUGAUAAAUCGCGAGGCCCGCUGCUGAAAGACGGUGGCUCGGGUGGGACAGUCGCCAGGGAUGGCGGAGCGUGAGCAUGGAGUGGAUGUCGGGGCUGCUGUCCUGGAUGCUGAGCAGAGUCGUGUGGCUCUCGGGCCUUUUUGAGCGGGGAGCUGCCCGGCAGCCCCGGAUCAUGGAAGAGAAAGCGCUAGAAGUUUAUGAUUUGAUUCGAACUAUCCGGGACCCGGAGAAGCCCAAUACUUUAGAAGAACUGGAAGUGGUAACGGAAAGUUGUGUGGAGGUUCAGGAGAUAAAUGAAGAGGACUAUUUGGUUAUUAUCAGGUUCACGCCAACAGUACCUCAUUGCUCUUUGGCAACUCUUAUUGGACUAUGCUUAAGAGUGAAACUUCAGCGGUGUUUACCAUUUAAACAUAAGUUGGAAAUCUACAUUUCUGAAGGAACCCACUCAACAGAGGAAGACAUCAACAAGCAGAUAAAUGACAAAGAGCGAGUGGCAGCUGCAAUGGAGAACCCCAACUUACGGGAAAUUGUGGAACAGUGUGUCCUUGAACCUGACUAAUAGCUGUUUUAAGAGCCACUGAACUGUAAUUGUUUGCUGUAGUUGUUUAAGCUCUUUAUAAAAUAUGAAAGACUCAUGUUUAAUACAUAGGGGAUUUGUACUUCAAAGCAUUUUUUUAAAGGAUGAUUUCCAAGCAAGAUUUAAUUAUAAGGUAGUACCUAGAAUGUUCAGUGUAUAACAUUCUCAGGAUUUAUAACACUUAAAUGAUUAGACAAGAAAAUAUUUUCUAGUUGUUACAUGUAAUAUGAGUUGCUAUUUUUCUGAUGCCCAUUCUGAUACAACUACUUUUCAUGUCAAAUAUUUACUGUGCCCAAAUGUAUUCAAUUUAAAUCAUUACUCUGUAAAAUAAAUAAAACAGAGAUGAUUCUUAUAAUGACACACCUUAGAAUGUUUCUUAUUGAAUUGUAAAUUUCAGUGUAAAUGUCAACUCUGAAAUAUAUUUCUAAAACUUUAUUUUCUAGUUAUUUAGAAUUAGAGAUCUGAGAACCAAAAAGAACCCUUAAGGUUAGCCCUAGGCCAUGCCUUCCUUCAAGGAGAGUCCUGGACCCAUUUAUAGAUAAGGAACAGAUGUACAGAGGGCCAGAUGAUAUAUAUAAUUUUGAAGAUCAAGAAGUCCCCAAAGAAGUUUUGAUUAAAACAAUCUAAAUGGUCUCUUUAUGUGUACUUUGUUCAGUUUGUUUGAUCAUUUGAAGUGUAACAGCGUGUGGUAGGCAGCCUCCACAAUGACCCUUGAUAAUCCUCAAUUCAUGCCUUUACAUAGGUUUCUUCCAUAUUGAAUUUGAGCUGGUUGGUAUGACUAUUAAAGAAUCAGAGGUGACAGUGUGUGAUUUCUGAGGCUGGAUCAUAAAAGGUGUUGCUGCUUUCACCUUGAUCUAUUGGAUUGCUCAUUCUGUGGAAAUCCAGCUGCCAUGUCAUGAGAACACUUGAGCAGCUCUCUGGAGAAUUCCACAUGGAGAAGAAUUGAGGCCUUCCACCAACAACCAGCACCAACUUAUAAACUGUGAGUGAACCAUUUUGGAACCAUGUUGGAAGUGAACCAGGUUGGAACCAUGUUGGAAGCAAUCCUCUAUCUUGGACUGGAAUCUCAUGAGACCCUGAGCCAGAAUUGCCUAGCUAAGCCACUCUUGAAUUUCUGACCCAGAGAAGCUGUGACCAAUAAUAAAUGUUUAUUGUUUACACCA